CUCACAGUUUGUUAGUGGCGAAGACUGGGAGUUGUGUGUCCGGCUGUUAGGAGAGAACUGCCUGCAGCUCCACGUGAGUUUUAUAGGGCUGGAGAAUUCGGGAGCCUCCAGGCUGGCCAGCUCUUUUAGGACGUCGUUCCUCUUGUGACCCAGCACAUCACCAGACUUGUCUACACUUUUCCAAGACAGCAGAAAAUGAGCAAAUCCCAGAUGUAUCUCCAGACCCUGGAGCAUUGGUUCUCAAAGUGAGGAUCUUUGGACAGAAAUGGCAGCAUCACCUCAAAACUUGUUUGAAAUGCAGAUUGUGAUCCACCAUCCCAAACCUGCUGGAAGAGAACAUUUGGAGAUUAAACAGACAUCGCAGGGAUCAGUAUCAUUUAAGGAUGUGACCGUGGGCUUCACCCAGGAGGAGUGGCAGUGCCUGGACUCAAGUCAGAGGUCCCUGUACAGGGACGUGAUGCUGGAGAACUACAGCCACCUUGUCUCCGUGGGGUAUUGUGCUGCCAAACCGGGGGUGAUCUUCAGGCUGGAGCAAGGAGAGGAGCCAUGGGUAUUGGAGGAAGAAUUUCCAAGCAGGAGCUUCCCAGAAGUCUGGGAAACCGAUCACCAGAAAGAAAGGAGCCAAGAAAACCAGCGUAAGCCUGUGUGGGAAGUUGCACACAUCAGUAACAAAACACUGACCAAGGAGCAAGGUAUUCUAAUAGGAAAACCAUUUAACCUGGACACAAAUUCAUUUUCUUGCCGAGAAACCCUCUGUCAGUGUGACUCCUGUGGAAUGAGUUUCAGCUGUAUUUCAGAAUUGUGUAUCAAUAAGAAAAGACAUUUAGGAAAACAGAAUGAUGCCUUUAAUGCCUGUGGAAAAUUGCUACUCAGUAUUAAACAUGAGAAAACUCCUACUAGAGAGCAAAGUGAAUUUUAUAAAAAUGGGAAGACUUUCAGUCAUGAUGAGAGCCCUGUUGGUCAUGAGAAGAUUCAAAGUACAGAACAAAAUUUGGAAUAUAACAUGUAUCAAGAAACCUUCUCUAAAAAGGCAGUAUUGAGUACAUACAAGAGAGAGAUGACUGAAGAGGGUGACUCUGAAUGUAUUGAAUAUGGGAGAAGUUUUUUUCAUAACUCCUCCUUCCAGUUACCUCACAUGGAUGCUUCCAAGGAAAAUCACUGUGGAUUUGGUGGUUGUGGGAAGUCUUUAUGUGUGAAGUCAGGCCUUUUGAAACCCGAUGGAGCACCUACGAAACACUCUGAGUGUCAUGAGAGUGGGGAUCAUUUCAGUGGGGAUUCAUGUUUUUUACAACUUCAGAAAACUCAUAAAGGAGAGAAGCACUUUGAAUGUAAUGAAUGUGGAAAAGCAUUUUGGGAGAAGUCCCACCUCACUCGACAUCAGCGGAUACACACGGGAGAGAAACGCUUUCAGUGUAAUGAAUGUGGAAAAACUUUCUGGGAGAAAUCAAAUCUGACGAAACAUCAGAGAUUACACACAGGGGAGAAGCCUUAUGUGUGCAACGAAUGUGGGAAAGCCUUCAGCCACAAGUCAGCCCUCACAUUACACCAGAGAAUUCACACAGGGGAGAAACCCUAUCAAUGCAAUGCAUGUGGGAAAACUUUUUACCAGAAGUCAGACCUCACCAAACACCAGAGAACACACACAGGGCUGAAACCCUAUGAAUGCUAUGAAUGUGGGAAAACUUUCUGUAUGAAUUCACACCUUACAGUGCAUCAGAGAACUCAUACAGGGGAGAAACCAUUUGAAUGUCCUGACUGUGGGAAGUCUUUCUGUCAGAAGUCACAUCUUACACAACAUCAGAGAACCCAUGUAGGGGAUAAGCCCUACAAAUGUAAUGCAUGUGGGAAAACUUUCUACCACAAGUCAGUACUCACCAGGCAUCAGAUAAUUCAUACAGGAUUGAAACCUUAUGAAUGUUACGAAUGUGGAAAAACCUUCUGCUUGAAGUCUGACCUCACAGUGCAUCAGAGAACUCACACAGGGGAGAAACCCUUUGCGUGUCCUGAAUGCGGGAAAUUCUUUAGCCAUAAGUCUACCCUCUCUCAACAUUACAGGACACAUACAGGGGAGAAACCCUUCGAAUGUCAUGAAUGUGGAAAAAUAUUCUAUAAUAAAUCGUACCUAACUAAACAUAAUAGGACACAUACAGGGGAGAAACCCUAUGAAUGUAAUGAAUGUGGGAAAACUUUCUGCCAGAAGUCUCAGCUCACUCAACACCAGAGAAUCCACAUAGGAGAGAAACCCUAUGAGUGUAAUGAAUGUGGAAAGGCUUUCUGUCAUAAGUCAGCUCUAAUUGUGCACCAGAGAACUCAUACAAAAGAAAAGCCCUAUAAAUGUAAUGAAUGUGGGAAAUCUUUCUGUGUGAAGUCAGGACUAACUUUACACCAGAGAAAACACACAGGGGAGAAACCCUAUGAAUGUAACGAAUGUGGAAGGGCUUUCUGUGAUAAGUCAGCUCUAAUUGUGCACCAGAGAACUCACACAGGGGAAAAGCCCUAUAAAUGUAAUGAGUGUGGGAAAUCUUUCUGUGUCAGAUCAGGACUUAUUGUACAUCUGAGAAAACACACAGGGGAGAAACCUUAUGAGUGUAACGAAUGUGGGAAAUCCUUCAGUCACAAAUCUUCCCUCACAGUGCAUUAUAGAGCUCACACAGGGGAGAAAUCUUGUCAGUGUAAUGAAUGUGGGAAAAUAUUUUACCGUAAAUCAGACCUUGCUAAACAUCAGAGGUCACACACAGGCGAGAAGCCCUAUGAAUGUAACACAUGUGGAAAAACUUUCUCUCAAAAGUCAAACCUCAUUGUACAUCAGAGAACCCACACAGGAGAAAACCUGAUAAUUGCAGUGGGUGUUAGGAAUGUUGUGGCUGAACAGCCGCUCGCUUCUGAGCACUCACUCUGUGGGGGAACCAGUGGUGACAUCCUGAAUGUUGAGUAACCUUUGUCCACAAACUGGCCUUAUUUUACCCAAAGUAGACUGCAACACACACAGGACAGUCUUGUUAGGUAAUAUUCCGUUCAAUGUUCUCUAGUAAAUGUGGGCAUAAAUCCUUGCAGAUUUCUUGAUUCUUUGUAAGGGUUUUUUUUUUUUUUUAAGCAAAAAUACAAACUAGGUUAUUUCAGAAUUUCUAUUGAGAAAUCUUUCAAUUGAGACCUACAGCUUGAGUAUUGUCUUUAGAAGUAAUAUUACAUUGGAAAUUGUCUUGUGGCUUUGAUGCCAUAUUUGUCUUCAGGAAAUGAGAAGUUGUAUUUCAGGUGAGUAUUGCGCAGUGUACAAACAAACAAUAAUAGUAAACUGAGAGAAUAAGCUUAAAAGAAGUUCCAGUAA